AUGCGUGCUUUCGGCUACGUUCUUAUGCUCUGCUCCUUUUCCAUCACCAAUAUUCUUGCGGCACCCGCAUUGAAUGCGCAUGAAACGCCUACCCUGUACCGCGGCAGUAACGCGAACAGUCCAAAGUUGGACAACGUGCGGCCCAAGGACGCUGUAAUGGACGGUGAUAAAGUCAGCACAACUGCCAAAGGGAUAUCGACAUUCGACCGCAUCCUACCUGCCUGGAAGGCAGACAGGAACCAGUUGAAGAACAUUUGGGUGCUGCCGGACGAGGCGGAACUCACGGUGCUGGAGUUGACAGCGGUCAACGAUAACCGCGGCACUGGUCACUGGAACAUCCGGCUGACGGUUGAGAUGACACUGGAAGAAUUCAAGGAGAAGCUGAGUAACCUGAACGAAAAGUGCAAGAAGAGACCUCUCACGGCUGAGGAGGAAGCAAGCUUCAAGCCUAAGCCUAAGGAUAACAAGAACAAGAAGGGUAAGUGGACAAUCGAGGAUCUGCUCGCUGCACUCGAGCGACGUGGAUUCGGGGAUCUGCUGACCCACUCUGCGCGCGACAAUUAUGUCGUAUCUGGCUCGCACAUUGCACGCUACGACUCAUACCCCUACGUUGCUCGUCGCUCCAACAUGUUUGCCGAGCUCCCCCGUUCUGAGCUCGACGCUCGCGGCUUUGACGGCUUGGAGUGA